UGAGGCACAGAGAGGCAGGUGUUUGCCCAAGGUCUCACAGGGACUCUGUGGCAGAGAAGAAUUGAAGCGAGAUCCCCCGAGUCUCAGCUCGGGGCUUUUACCACAAGGCCUUCCUCUCAGCCCCCUUACAGGCGGCCUGGGCGACCCAAAGCCAUAUCCUGGCUGGAUUGCCCAGUGCCUGAGUGCUCGAAGCACCCGCCGUCGCUUUGGUCUGAUCCAAACCUGCUCUCGGCUGCGCCCAUGUUUAAACAACGCCGGCAGCCCCAGAUAAGAACCGUAUCCACCCAGCACAGGUUACAACCCCCCCGGGGGAAUACAGCCCAGCCGGCCUGAAGCCAGCCAGCGUAAAGCCCGGGAUCCCCGUAGAGCCUUCGGCCAGAGCGGGAUUGUUUUGUCGGAGUUCCCGCAGACCCGCUGACGUCCGAGAGACGCCUCCCCAGGACCCGAUGGGGUGCGGAGAUGCCACGACUCUUCUGCUGCUGGUCUGUAUUUCAGGCCUGAUCUACCUUCUCGUGCGCAGGCCGAGCUCCCGAAGAGGCCACUUGCCCCCCGGCCCCGCUCCCCUGCCUUUCCUGGGCAACGCGCUGCAGCUGAAAGCUGAGGGGAUGGUGAAUUCGCUCAGGGAGCUCAGGGACAAGUACGGCCCGGUCUUCACGGUUCAUCUGGGCCCCCGGCGGGUUGUGGUCCUGUGGGGGUACGAGGCUGUGAAGGAGGCCCUGGAGGACCAAGCCAACGAGUUCAGCGGGAGAGGGAAGCUUGCGGCCUUCGAAGAGAUUGUCCAGGGGUUUGGGCUGCUCUUCUCCAACGGGGAGCGGUGGCGGCAGCUGCGCCAGUUCUCCCUCGCCACGCUGCAGGACUUCGGCACGGGGAAGCGGAGCGUCGAGGAGCGGAUCCAGGAGGAGGCCCAGCGCCUGGUGGAGGAGUUCAGGAAAACCAAGGGUUUGCCCUUCGACCCCACGUUCCUCCUAAGCCGCUCGGCCUCCAGCGUCAUCUGCUCCAUCGUCUUCGGCCAGCACUUUGAUUACGCGGACGAGAGCUUCCUCGACUUGCUGGCCAAGACCAACCAGGUCUUUGUGCGGCUGAGCUCCACCUGGGGACAGCUCUACGAGAUGUUUUCCUGGUUCAUGCACUUCCUUCCGGGAGCCCACAAACAGAUCUUCCGAGACCUGGAGGACAUCAACAGCUUCAUCCUGGAGAGGAUCAAAGCGAACCAGGCGUCUCUGGACCGUGAUAACCCGCGGAAUUUCAUCGACUGCUUCCUCCUCCAGAUGGAAAAGGAAAUUCUCAACCCCGCCACGGAAUUCCACCUCCGAAACUUGGUCAUGACGGCGUUCAACCUGUUCUUCGUUGGGACCGAGACCGUCAGCUCCACCCUGCGCUACGGACUCCUGAUCCUGCUGAAACACCCGGAGGUAGAAGAGAAGAUGACCCAGGAGAUCGACCGGGUGGUAGGGCGCAGCCGCGUGCCGGCCGUGGCGGACCGGAGCCGGAUGCCCUACACCGAUGCCGUGAUCCAUGAGAUUCAGAGGUUCAGCGAUGUUAUUCCCAUGAACCUCCCACACGCCCUGACCCGGGACACCCACUUCAGGGGAUACGCCAUUCCCAAGGGCACGGAGGUGUUCCCGGUGCUGAGCUCUGUGCUGCGGGACCCCAGCCGCUUCAGGGACCCCGAGAGAUUUGACCCCGGGCGCUUCCUGGACGAGCAGGGUCACUUCAAGGCGAACGAGGCCUUCAUGCCAUUCUCCACAGGGAAGCGGAUCUGCCUGGGCCAGGAGCUGGCCAGGAUGGAGCUGUUCAUCUUCCUGACGGCCAUCCUGCAGAACUUCACCCUCAAGUCCCCCGUGCCCCCCCGGGACAUCGAGCUCACGCCGCCAGCCAGCGGCUUUGCCCAUGUACCUCCCUGCUACCAGCUCUGUGCGGUGCCACGCAGCGGAGGGAGCCAGGCGAAGGAGGAGCGGCCCAAAGAUCGUCCGCAGGGGACAGCGGGGGCUCCGCCGAAUCACACACCCCCAGCAGCCAGCCCAAAUGCAGGGCCUGGGGCGCUAUUCCCGUGAGGAGGAGCAACGGAAGAGAGGAAUCCGGUGUUUCUUCGAUGCUCUGUUUAUUUGCAAAUGUAUCAAGCCCCGUCUCCCCGACCAUAGAAGGAAUCAAAUAACAGGAGGGGGUUUCUUUGCUCAGAGCUCCACUCCUCUUUGCAGACAGCUCUCGGCCCCAAAAACUCUCCCUUUUUCUCCAGGCCACACUCCUAGGGCUUCCCCUGGCUGUCUCCUUGCCUUUUUGCUCCUGCUCUGUGCCUAUUUCUUGCUGCUUCGCUCUCACACAGAGCCACAGAUGGAUAGGGGUGUGCCUGUGGGGACAGAGAGGUGCAUGGUCUAGUUAUUAUGUCGUCCUGCCUUGAGGGCAGGGGACUGGACUAGAUGGCCUCUCGGGGUCCCUUCCAAUCCUACACUUCUAUGAUUCGAUGCAUAUGUUCACGUGGAGAUGAACAGAGUCAUAGAAAUGUGGGGCCGGAAGGCACCUCGAGAGGUCACUGAGUCCAGCCCCCUGCGCUGAGGUAGAACCAAUCAGCCCGAGACCAGCCCUGACAGGGGUCUGCCCAAACUAUUCUUAAAACCCUCCAGGGACAGGGAUCCCACAGCCUCCCUCGGACGCCUGUCCCGGAGUGUCACUCCCCCGAGAGUUCGAAAGUUUGUCCUCGUAUCGAACCGAAAUCUCCCUCGCUGCAGAUGAAGCCCCUGACUGCCCCGCUCCGUGCCUCAGUUUCCCCACCUGUAAAAUGAGGCUAAUCAUUCUGAACUGCUUUGAAAUCUACUGCUGGAAAGUGCUGGAGAAGAGCUUGGCAUUACUGUUUCAUCCUCUGCUGUGAAAUCAAUUAAAAAAACCAUUCUGAAA